GAAGAUGCACACGACCCAGAAGGACACGACGUACACCAAAAUCUUCGUCGGGGGGCUGCCCUACCACACCACUGACGCCAGCCUGCGCAAGUACUUCGAGGUCUUCGGCGAGAUCGAGGAGGCGGUGGUCAUCACCGACCGGCAGACGGGCAAGUCCCGGGGCUAUGGAUUUGUCACCAUGGCUGACCGGGCAGCCGCCGAGAGGGCCUGCAAGGAUCCCAACCCCAUCAUUGAUGGCAGAAAGGCCAACGUGAACCUCGCAUACUUAGGAGCAAAACCAAGGAUCAUGCAACCAGGUUUUGCCUUUGGCGUUCAGCAGCUUCAUCCGGCCCUCAUUCAGAGACCUUUCGGGAUACCUACCCACUAUGUCUACCCGCAGGCUUUUGUGCAGCCUGGAGUGGUCAUUCCACACGUGCAGCCCACAGCAGCUGCGGCCUCCACCACACCUUACAUUGAUUACACUGGAGCUGCCUACGCGCAGUACUCGGCUGCAGCUGCCGCCGCCGCCGCCGCCGCAGCCUAUGACCAGUACCCCUACGCGGCGUCGCCAGCUGCUGCAGGCUAUGUCACCGCCGGCGGCUACGGCUAUGCCGUCCAACAGCCCAUCACCGCGGCUGCACCUGGGACAGCUGCCGCCGCCGCCGCAGCUGCUGCAGCUGCCGCCGCCUUCGGCCAGUACCAACCUCAGCAGCUGCAGGCAGACCGCAUGCAGUAGACCGGACAGCAGAGUUCAACUCUUUCCUCUCCCCCCCCUCCCAAUUUCCCAAUUUUUAGUAGCUGAUCGGAGAGUUCACACUGACUUAACAGCUUUAAGAAAAAAAAAAAAAAAACAAGCAGUGCUAUUGUGAAACAAAACUAUUAUUAUUAUUAUUUUUAAUAUAUUCCAAGGAGUGUUCUAGAAGAGAGACGUGAGAGUGGGGGCGUGGAGUGGAUGGAGCAGUUUUGGGAGGUCAAUCCCAAGGAAUCUCGUGCAGGAGAGGCCGCUAGGAACGGAAGGCAGGAGUCCCGUGGGAACUUCACUUUUUGUAACCGGAUUUUUAUUUUUUGCUCUUUUUUAUAGCAUCAGGGAAGCAAACUGCCUUUUUCCAGUUAGAAUUGCUAUUUGAAUCUAGUUG